AUGGAUGAAGCUUCCGUCAUGAAGAAAUUCUGUGCCCCUCUUUUGAGCUCAGCCGAGUUCGCCUGGCACCCACGAUCCAGGCUUGAUUUCGUUCCUCGCCCGACACCGCAAAGUCCUCUCGACGACGAAAAGGACCUGGUGACACUUCUGGAAGUACUUAGCAACAUCCUCGGACAAACAAAGUGGAUUAGUUUUGAACUCGUGAAUGCUCUUGACGGGGCUGAACUUGGCUCAGGAUCUACCUUUACAGUCCGUCGGCACAGGCUCAGCCGUCGUAUCCAUGCACAUAACCGGAGACUUGUUCCAGGUGACAUCGUGAUUCUAAAGAUCGCACAUGGCUAUCAAGACGGUACCUUUCUAGACGCUCCUGAAAUGAGGGCCAUUGUUUCUAAACAAAUGGAUGCACUCAUCCGAGAGAUCCGCGUUCUUACGAAAGAGCGGGUAUCAAAAUCCACAGAGAUAGUCGAUCUCCUGAAUAUUAUAUGGGAAUACGAACAAAACAUUCUACGACCAGUACUUGUUAUUGAAUAUGCAGAGUGCGGAACCCUCGACGACUUCAUCCGAUCCGGCCGGACCCAGGAUCUUCGAAUAAAGGCUGCACUGUGCCAUGAUGUUGCCAGAGGGCUUGCUGUUUUACACCAAGAGGGAAUAGUACACGGUGACGUAAAAUGUGAAAAUGUGGUCGUAUUUGAGGAUAAGGGGGGUUUAUUCAAGGCAAAACUAAUCGACUUUGGUUUUUGCAUUUUCUUUGUUGAGCAAGAUCCGGGAGCACGUAUAACGGUUGGAGGGACUCUACCUUUUCAGGCACCUGAAGUCACAAGUCCGGUGGAGAGCGACGCUUUAGUAUACACCGACUGUUUCUCCUUUGGAAUGCUUGUAUGGCAGAUCUUACUCGACGGUGUUCAUGCAAACGACCUUUUUCGCCAAGAGCCAUUUCAAUGCCCAGCAAGGUCUUCCUCGGAAUCGUCCUGGCGCAGUUAUAUACAAGCUGCCAAAGAAGAUCCAGGAUUUAUCAGCAAAGUCAAAGACAGUGUCUCGAUCUCAUUAGAAGGGGUGGGCGAGGUUGAGGACAUAAUGCUGCGGUUAUACUUCGAAGACAUCUUUGAUAGCACUCUUGGCCCUAACCCUACCCAACGAAGUCUUGGUGUGACUUUGACCUGGUGGCGAGAAGAAAAUGGAAACCUCGAGUAUUGCAAACCGGUGGCGACACCCGACCCUGCAACGUAUCCCUUCCAGAUUUCUGAUACGCCGCUUCAAGUCCUUGAAUUGUUGAGCCAGAAGAGCAAUUUGUGGCCCAGUUCAGAUGCAAGCCAAAACUCGAUCUUGCAUUGGGCCGCAACUUUUGGACUGAAAGAGCACCUAUCUCUUUUUCUGGGCAUCUUCCCAGACCUAAUAGAAGCCCAGAAUGAAGUUGGAGAAACUCCUCUCAUAUGUGCCGCUCGGCAGGGUAACAAGAUGUGCGUGGAGAUUCUCGUUGAUUCUGGUGCUAAAGCUGGCCAUGUGAGUUACGCAGGAGAGACUGCACUGCACUGGCUUGUUUCUUUCCCAGACGAAGAAAUUGAAACAGUUGGAAAUCUCCUCUUCAGCUUCGAAUCCCUGUACAGUUCCUCCUUGGUUCAAAAGAGUUACAUUACAUCCGUUGCUAUUGGCCCAACCCUUGUGCCUGGAACACCGCUUCAUAGAGCUGUGGCACUUGGCCGAAUGUCGGUUGUGAAGUUUCUUCUUGAUCGCGAGGCCGACUGUUAUUCCUCUGGAAAUGUCAAGUUUGACAUGACUGCAUUGGAAAGUGCCAAAAGAGCGGAUGACUACGAGAGUUUGGGUGCAAGGUUCCCCAUCCAGCUAGCCUGUGCAUCUCAUGAUGACCAGAUGAUAGAGCUACUGCUAAGGCACCAACCGGUGAAGCUUCCUCUCUGGACGUCCCAGAAACGGGUUCCUCGAGGAAUAAUUGCUUCCAUGCAACUUGACAAUGGGGACGGACUAGGAUGUCCCAAUAUACUAUCCUCCUCGCUUCUUGGAUAUGCUUGUGAGCCUGUUUCCCGUUUCUCCAGAAUGUGCAUUCAUGGAAAGCGGCAAAAGGAAAGCCUUCAACGCACCUUCGAAAUUCUGUGA